UCAGCCACAUCAGCGGCAGAAGCUGCGACGCCUCCUCAGUGGAAGUGACUGGUAAUAGCGAGCUUUCUCUGCUGCACAUUUGUGGCUUCUGUGGACAUAUUAGUAACCGGUGAUUUUAGCUCCCAGUCUCCUAGAAUUGCCAAAGCGGUUAGAAGUCAUUUGGAAGGCCUUUUAGCCGAAUCUUUCUGAUCCAGAAAGCCAGCUGGCUUCUCCUGAGGUACUUUAGAAACUUGCAGCGACCACUGAUCUUGGUCCAGGUGCAUGGAGAAGACGCUAAGGAUAUAAACCCAAACAGUGAACCUGAAGACCCGGCGCAAAGUAGAAACUGAAAGUACCCUGCUUACUCUGCCGGCAGAUCCUACGGAAGUUAUGGCAAAACCAGAGCUCCUGGCUGACCCGAGAUGCACGCGGCCCCUCCUGGGAUGGAUGCACCAGGCGCGGAGUGGGUGAGAGGAGCCAGCUACCCGGACUGCCCUGCCUAGCACCGGCGCGCGGCCACUCGGCGGAUGACCGGGGUCCUGGGCGUGAUUAUGGGUGGUGAGAGCUCGCUCCUGCUGCUGUCCGAGUCAUCAUGACUACACCCACCUCCCGCAGACCAUGUUCCAUGUUUCUUUUAGAUGUAUCUUUGGAAUUCCUCCCCUGAUCCUUGUUCUGUUGCCUGUCACGUCGUCUGACUGCCACAUUAAAGACAAAGAAGGUAAAGCAUAUAAGAGUGUGCUGAUGAUCAGGAUCGAUGAAUUGGACAAAAUGACAGGAACUGGUAGCAAUUGCCCGAAUAAUGAACCAAACUUUUUUAAAAAACAUCUAUGUGAUGAUACAAAGGAAGCUGCUUUUCUAAAUCGUGCUGCUCGCAAGUUGACGCAAUUUCUCAAAAUGAAUAUCAGUGAAGAAUUCAAUGUCCACUUACUAGCAGUUUCACAAGGCACACAAACACUGGUGAACUGCACAAGCAAGGAAGAAAAAAAUGUAAAGGAACAGAAAAAGAAUGAUCCAUGUUUCCUAAAGAGACUACUGAGAGAGAUGAAAACUUGUUGGAAUAAAAUUUUGAAUGGCAGUAUAUAAACAUGACAUGCAGUAGUAACCUACAAAAAUCUACUGGUUUAUACAUUUGAGGGGUUAAAAUCCUCCCAAAAGUUGCUGGAUGCCUCCUGGUCAAAUGAACAGAGCAGCUGGGAAAUCCACAACGAGGCACUAGAAGAUGGACAUGAGCAAUGCAACUGAUUGCUGCAGUCAGCAUCAACAUAUGGACAUGCGUCAACUGCACUGAUUUUGUAAAGUAACCAUGUCAUCAGCAACACUUCUUAAACCUUUCCAAAUAUUUCAAAAGACAUCAAGUCUACAAAAAUCAAGGCUAAAAUGAUUGAAAGCCACUAUUGUUCUAUUAGUAAAAUGACAAUAUGGCUCACUAUGCAUUGGUGAGCCACCUGAGGAGUAGAACUAUCAUCCUGUGACUGGAGAUGCUGGGGGACUCACAGUGAUGGAAUUGCUCAUGAAAACAGGGGUCAUUUACCUUAAAGCAGCAGCAUCAGUAGCAGCAGCAACAGCAGCAGCAAGAAAAAAAAAAAAGCUAAAGGCACUUAAGACACAUAUCCAGAAAUGUAGUUAAACAUGAAUGUAUAACACAUACCUUCAGUAAAGAGCAUAGCAGAUAUUUUUAAAGACAGAAAUGCACUUAGUCCAAAGAUACUGAACCUUAGUAUUCAGUCACUUUUGCCAUUUAGGUAUAAUAAAGCUUGUAUAGCUGAAAUUUCAAUUUGGGAAGUAUAAUUUUAAAAGAAUAAUAUAUGUUAGACUUUAAUUAAUGUAUAUAUUUAAUUUUGACAUUAUCUAUAUAAAAAUAUUUUCAUUCAUUACCAAUUGCCUACUUUGGAUAGUGCCUCUUUUUAAAAUAAAUAAUCUAUGUAUUAGCACUGUCAGGUUCACUUAAUCUCAAGCGUGUUCACUGAUGCACUGCCCUUUGAUGCCACUUUCACUCAACACAUAUCCUUUGACACGCUCAUACCAAGAAUCAGCAUGAGACUAGGACCCUACAACUUUGUUAAGAGAAGAAAACACUAAUUUUUGUUUUACAUUAGGGUCUUAUAUGUA